CCUGCACCUUAGUCAGCCGGCUGCGCAAAGCACGAGGAUUAGUUGGGACCUGCCUUGGUGACCCCAUGGCAUCCCCCAGGACCGUAACUAUCGUGGCCCUAUCAGUGGCCUUGGGACUCUUCUUUGUUUUCAUGGGGACUAUCAAGUUGACCCCCAGGCUCAGCAAGGAUGCCUACAGUGAGAUGAAACGUGCUUACAAGAGCUAUGUCCGAGCCCUCCCUCUGCUGAAGAAAAUGGGCAUCAAUUCCAUUCUCCUCCGAAAAAGUAUUGGUGCCCUUGAAGUUGCCUGUGGCAUCGUCAUGACCCUUGUGCCUGGGCGUCCCAAAGAUGUGGCCAACUUCUUCCUGCUCUUGCUGGUGUUGGCCGUGCUCUUCUUUCACCAGCUGGUUGGCGAUCCUCUCAAACGCUACGCCCAUGCUCUGGUGUUUGGGAUCCUGCUCACCUGCCGCCUGCUGAUUGCCCGUAAGCCUGAAGACCGGUCUUCUGAGAAGAAGCCCUUGCCAGGCAGUGCUGAGGAGCAACCAUCCUUAUAUGAGAAGGCCCCACAGGGCAAAGUGAAGGUGUCAUAAGAAUGUGGAAGUGCAAAAAGUGGACCUUCCAGGCAGUUGCCUCCAUGACACCCAGGAAGAUGUCUGUGUGUGUUUUUCAUUUGAUUUAUUUAUCUUGGGGAAAAGAGAAACAUAUAAUCUGCAAAGUUAAUCGGCUUGUGUCCAUCUAUACCCUAAAAUGAUCUCCUCACAUUGACAUUUAAAUGUGUACUACCUUUAAUCACUUUGGAGCAACGCUCACAUCUUGCUGCAUGUACAUGUAUACGGCUACUAUUGAAGUGUAUUUGUGAGAAGGACUCCAGCAAGCAUGUGACUGUGAGAUUAUGUGUGGGAAAAUGUAUUUAAUUAUUGUGUGUGUGUGUUUGUGUGUACACACACAUGUGUGGAGAAGGCUCUGAUCUUGAACUAAUCCUGCACAGGUAUCCUUCCCUUUGUACAUUGAUUCCAGCAAAGGUACACUAAAAUAAACCUCCUAGAAAGAGAAUUCUACUUCUCAUAUAAAACAAGUGACUUA